AUUCAGCAAAUUCAAAAACCCAGUGGCCUAAACCCUAAACGAAGAAUAGUUAGAGACUCCCACAAACAAAUUGUAGAUUCGAGGUUUAUAUACAUCGUACAUACAUAACCAUCAAAGUAUACAACAUCGUGCGGAAGAACGCGAAGCAAAGAAUGCUGAUUUUCCAAAGAAAACUUCUUCAAAGGAUUUCUUUUAAUCAAGUAGCCAAAAGCCGUUCAUAUUCUAGCAAGAGGGUCGUUGAUGUGGGGCAGCCAACUGCUGCUACUCACCCUCAGUUACUAAAAGAAGGGGAGAUCACACCUGGCAUAACUAGUGAAGAAUAUAUCUCGAGAAGGAAGAAAUUGUUGGAGCUUCUUCCGGAGAAGAGUUUAGCAAUAAUUGCUGCUGCACCAGUAAAGAUGAUGAAUGAUGUCGUGCCUUACACAUUUCGACAGGAUGCUGAUUAUUCUUACAUUACAGGCUGCCAACAACCUGGGGGUAUAGCAGUUUUAGGUCAAGAGUGUGGUUUAUGCAUGUUCAUGCCAGAAGCAAGUCCUCAUGAUGUUUCUUGGCAAGGACACAUUGCCGGAGUUGAUGCAGCUUUAGACACAUUCAAGGCUGAACAAUCAUAUCCAAUGAAAAGAUUGCGUGAGAUCCUCCCAGACAUGAUAAGAAGUUCCUCCAAAUUGUUCCAUAAUUUGAAUACAGCUAUACCGAGCUAUAUGGACUUGGAGGCCUUUCAGAAAGCUGAUUCCAGUGGAAAAGUGAAAGAUCUUUCUGUAUACACCCACGAAGCACGGUGGAUAAAAUCACCAGCUGAGCUUAAAUUAAUGAGGGACUCUGCUUCAAUAGGUAGCCAGGCUCUUUUGCAGACAAUGCUGCAUUCAAAGACAUUUCCUCAUGAGGGUAUGCUAGCAGCUAAGGUUGAAUAUGAAUGCAAAAUGAGAGGUGCCCAAAGAAUGGCAUUCAACCCUGUGGUUGGUGGUGGGCAUAAUGGUAGUGUUAUACAUUAUUCUCGAAAUGACCAGACGAUCAAAGAUGGGGACCUCGUGUUGAUGGAUGUUGGAUGUGAACUGCACGGUUAUGUUAGUGAUCUAACUCGUACCUGGCCACCGUGCGGCAGCUUUUCUCCUGUUAAUGAAGAACUUUAUGAUCUAAUUUUAGAGACAAACAAGGAAUGUGUGAAGCUUUGCAAACCUGGCGCAAGCAUCAGUCAAAUACACAACUACUCGGUUGACAAGCUGCGAAAAGGAUUGAAGGAGAUUGGAGUAUUGAAAGAUGAUCGCCAUUUUCAUUACCAUCAGCUGAACCCCACUAACAUAGGCCAUUUUCUGGGAAUGGACGUUCAUGAUUGUUCUACAAUCUCCUGUGAACGUCCUUUGAAGCCAGGUGUUGUGAUAACAAUUGAACCAGGAGUUUACAUCCCAUCUUCUUUCGAUGGUCCAGAGAGGUAUCGAGGCAUUGGGAUAAGGAUUGAGGAUGAAGUUCUUAUAACGGAAUCGGGUUAUGAGGUCCUUACUGGGUCGAUACCGAAAGAAGUUAAACAUAUUGAGUCCUUGAUAAACAACUACAGCCAUGGAAUGGGGACUGAGACUCAAAAUAUCAUGAGAGCUGCAUCCAGUUAGUGAUCCCCUCGGAAUUCUCAAGAUUCAAGAAAUUGAUUAAUUGAAUGAGAAAACUGAGAUGAUUUUGUGUAUCUUCAUUCUAUUUCAGGAAGCACCUCAUUUUUCAUCCUGUUUUUGGUGUUUUUCUGCAUUGAUUGUACGUCAUAUAAGAUCAGUCCGUAUCCUAGUUCUUGUAUAACAGAAAUUUUGAAUAUCCACCAUUAUGGCCAUUUGUUUUUUUCA